AGAAACCACUUCCUUUCGCGCAAUAAUUUGUCUCUUUAGCACAGCACGAGAAGAGGAACCUCUGUAACCGGCAUCACUUAUCACUAUGGCAGGUUGGACAGACUGGGUGAAAUAUCUUUUAAAUGAUGGAAAAUGUGUUUGUGGGAAUGUCUGCGGAAUUUAUGGACCAGCACCAAAUUACCAGUACUAUGCAUCAGAUCCAUCGGAUUUUCAUCCAGGAGUACCUUUUUUCCAGAGCAUGGAUAAAGUAUUUCAGAGUGGCGUUGGGGCCUGUGGUUCAGUUAAAGUUACACUUCCAGCAGAUGGUGCACAGAAAGAAUUUAAAUUUAUGAUUUUAAGAGAGGAUGAAAAAUGUAUAACAGCCAAAUGUGGGAGUGAAGCUGGAUUUAAUGUAUCAAAGACAAACAAUUUAUAUGUAGUUUCAUUUUACACAUCAAACAGUGUACAACCUGGAAAUUGUGCAAAACGGAAUGGAUAUGUACAACAACAAUUACUAGCAGCAGGACAAUAAUCUUUACUUUAUUUUUAGAAAACAUCAUAAAGAACAUCUCCAAGUUGAAUAUUUUUUUAGGGUGCAAUAACAGUUGACAGUUUAUAUGCCAGUGUAAAUGUUUUCAUCCACAAAGACUUGCCUCAUAUAAAUGUUUGCCGCUCAUUGUAUUAUUGAUAAACAAAAUCUAGUCACUUAAAAUUUUUACAGCAUUCCAGGUUUUUUUAUAUUUAUUUAUUCUCUAUAAAUUUGCCAUUUGCUUUUAGGAGUAAGUACAGUCUUGAUUUGUCACACAUCUACAUAUAUGGCAUAAUAUUAAACAGGAUGUUGCUAGAUACAAAGCUUUGUGCAAUUAUUUAUAUGAAGAUUGUACUUCAUUUUACAAAUUAUGACAUAAAAGGUAGUAUGCAAUAUUUUUGUGACUGACACAAAUAUUUACAAAGUUACCUUAAAUAGUAUAUUUAGUUAAAAAUCAGUAUUCAAAUUUGUGAAUUGACAAUUAAGUGCUCAAAUAUUAUAAAUGCUAUUAUGUCUUGUUUUCUCAUAUACCGGUCUAUACAAUUUUUGUUUGAAAUUAUAUUUCAUAAACCAUUGUUGAAUAUCAAAUUUGAAAUUUUGUUUUACUUAAACAGUAUAGCUGGUUGUUGAAGGUUCAGUUUCUGUGACUAAUGUCAUAAUGGAAAUAGAAUUUCAGGACAGAGUGUAAUUGAAUUUUUUUUGUUGAAUCAUAUAGUGUAUGUUUUAGAUACACUUGUGUCAAAAGCUUGUUUGCUUUUUUCUUUGAAGACCCAUAAGAAUUUCAGCAUGAGAACUUUUCAUGUAUAAUUGUAUUAGUGCUUUAUUGUUAUUUUUUUUGCUAAACCCUGUAAUGUAUGAUUUACCUAAUGAACAUGAUGACAACUAAUUUACUACUUAACUAUUGAUCCAACUUUAAUGAUCAAUCAUAAAAUACAAUGUUGCCUAAAGUUGAAUCAUGCUUUAUGGGGCUAAUUGCAUUGCUUAAAAGAGAUUUUUCUGUUAUGAGAUUGUCUUGUUUUAUUUUUUGUGUGUUUUAUUAUUAAUGACUUUAUCUGAUGUUGUAAGGUUACCUAAGGAGUUUGACAAGCCAAAUUAUCUUUUAUAGGUAAAUCUUAGUAGUAUAGUUGUAUUCAAAAUGGUUUGUAGAUUAAAGAUCUUGUCUCAGUUAUAGAAGUUAUUUUAUUUGUUAAUGAAAUCAAUUUAAUGGAAAUUUGAAAAGAAUGGAUAAGAAAUUAAAAAAAUCUUGGUAAUUUAAAUUAGUAGUUGUAAGUUGAAAAUAGAUUUUUUAUGGUUUUUUAAAGAUAACGUAUAUAAAACAAAGAAGAUUUUCUCAGUUUUACGAUUAUCCAUGUAAUUUAACUUUGUGUUCCGAUAAAUUCAAAAUAUGGAUCAUGAUUUAUUAUAAUUAUAUUAUCUGACUAAAAUUUGAACUAGUGUACCAGGGAAUGUAAAGAAACCAAAUUUGAUAAAAGCAUAGUGUGAGUUAGUUACAACUUUGUUCAUUACUUCUCAUAAUAAAGUACAUUUAUCAUUG